CAUACAACUGUGCUGUUUUUCCCAGUGGCGGAUGGACUGAACCGCUUCAAGUGGAAAACGAUCACAGACGGCAAUACUCUGAAAUGGUGUGAAUUAGAUGAUGUGAAGUGGUGCGCAGGCGCAAACCGUAGGUCUCCAGAAGAAUUAAAAUGA